UAAUUCAUCUUCAUCUUUUCCUCUUCAAUCUUCCCUCUUAAAUACCUCUCUCUCUCUCUCUCUCUCUCUCUCUCUCUCUCUCUUCAACAACACAAACCAAAUCUCACACAUCUUUCGUCCGCCAACACAGACUACAGCACUUUUUUUUUUGGGUGUCGUUUUUUAAGAAGAAGAGAAUGAACGAGAAGACGAGGAACACGCCCACGCGCAUGCGCAUGUGCGUGGGGAAGUACGAACUGGGAAGGACCCUGGGCGAGGGAAGCUUCGGGAAAGUUAAGUUCGCGAAGAACGUCGACACCGGCGAUUUCGUCGCCAUCAAGAUCCUCGACCGCGAUCAAGUCCUCCGCCACAAAAUGGUCGAACAGAUCAAGCGAGAAAUAUCAACAAUGAAGCUGAUCAAACACCCAAAUGUUCUAAAACUUUUUGAGGUUAUGGCAAGCAGAACAAAAAUUUAUAUCGUUCUCGAGUUUGUGGAUGGCGGCGAGCUAUUUGACAAAAUAGCUAAACAUGGGAGGCUAAAAGAGGAUGAAGCCAGAAGUUACUUCCAACAGCUGAUUAAUGCCGUCGAUUACUGCCACAGCCGAGGCGUUUUUCAUAGAGAUUUGAAGCCUGAGAAUCUUCUUCUAGACUCAUAUGGUGCUCUCAAAGUUUCAGACUUUGGAUUGAGUGCGAUUUCUCAGCAAGCCAAGGAGGAUGGACUGCUUCAUACUGCCUGUGGGACCCCAAAUUAUGUCGCUCCUGAGGUGCUUACCAGCAAAGGUUAUGAUGGCACAUCAUCCGAUGUUUGGUCUUGCGGAGUAAUUCUGUUUGUACUUAUGGCUGGUUACUUGCCUUUUGAUGAAGCAAAUCUCGUGGCUUUGUAUAAAAAAAUUUGCAAGGCUGAAUUCGCAUGUCCACCGUGGUUUUCAUCUGGUGCAAGGAAAUUAAUAAAGUGUAUCCUUGAUCCGAACCCUCUUACAAGAAUAACAAUUUCUGAAAUCUUGAAAGAUGAAUGGUUCAAGAAAGGCUACCAGCCGCCGCGGUUUGAAAAGGAAGAGGAUGUAAAUCUUGAUGAUGUAGAUGCUGUUUUCAAUGACUCAAAGGAUCGCUUGGUAACAGAAAAGAAAGAGAAACCUGUAUCAAUGAAUGCUUUUGAGCUUAUUUCUAGGUCUCAGAGUUUCAAUCUGGAGAAUCUCUUUGAGAAACAGGGGGGACUUGUGAAGAGAGAAACCCGUUUCACUUCUCAGCGCCCUGCAAAUGAAAUAAUGGACAAAAUUGAGGAAGCUGCAAAGCCUUUGGGAUUUAAUGUUCGCAAGCAGAACUACAAGAUGAAGUUGAAAGGCGAUAAAACAGGAAGAAAGGGGCAUCUGUCCGUAGCUACUGAGGUAUUCGAGGUGGCGCCCUCCUUGCACAUGGUAGAGCUUCGGAAAACUGGGGGUGAUACACUCGAGUUUCACAAGUUCUAUAAGAGCUUCUCAUCGGGUUUAAAAGAUGUGAUGUGGAAACCUGAAGAAAGUUCAGAAGAAGUUAGGUGGUAGAGGAACCAAUCCCUUUGGGGUUCAAUUCACUAGUACUUCAAUGAUGGUUGUGGAUGGCUACGCGCACCAGUACAUCACAAGUACACAACCGUAUGAUGGGAAUCCACUCUUCUAAGAUAUGGAAGCUCGGAACAAGUCAACUUGUGUAGUUAGACUGCAGUUGGACUUGGACCAUAUGAAGACCUCAUAAUUGAGCGAGGCUUUGGUUCUUUUCCCUCAAUAAUUUUUUUUUUUUUUUUUUUUUUUUUUUUUUUU